AUGGCUAGCACCAUGCACCUUGCUUUGGUUCUCGCCCUUUUCACUGGCCAGGCUAUCAGUGUCAAUAAUGGGCUUGCAAGAACUCCUCAGAUGGGAUGGAACAAUUGGAACGCUCUCGGCUGCGAUGUUUCCGAAUCCCUCCUCCUCGAUACGUCCAAGAAGCUGGUCGAUUCUGGUCUGCGAGAUGUCGGAUACAACUAUGUUGUGCUGGAUGAUUGCUGGUCUGAUGGGAGAGAUGAAGAUGGCUUCCUGAAAGAUGACCUGGAGAAGUUCCCAAGUGGAAUGGCUGCUGUAGCAGACGAGAUACAUCGCCAAGGACUUCUGUUCGGCAUGUAUUCCAGCGCUGGAGAAAUGACCUGCGCUCGCUAUGAAGGUUCUCUUGACUGGGAAGACAAUGAUGCGAAGAGCUUUGCAAACUGGGGCGUUGACUACCUCAAGUACGACAACUGCUAUCAUAUGGGACGCUUCGGUACACCCAAAAUAUCCUUCGAUCGAUACAAGGUUAUGUGGGAUGCAAUCAAUGGAACUGGAAGGCCAAUGCUGUACAGCCUAUGUAAUUGGGGCGAAGACUACACCCAUACUUGGGGAAUGUCCAUUGCCAAUUCUUGGAGGAUGUCUGGUGAUAUAUACGACUCCUUCACACGCCCAGAUGACCUCUGCUCUUGUACUGACCCGUCGAACCCACUCUGCGUGGCUCCUGGUUCGCAUUCCUGGAGGAUGAAUGAUUUGGACAUGCUGGAAGUUGGAAAUGGAGGAAUGACCGACGAGGAGUAUAAAGCACACUUCUCCAUGUGGGCCGCGCUCAAGUCACCCUUACUAAUGGGUAACGAUCUUCGAACUCUCUCGGCCUCCGCCCUCACUAUUCUCAACAAUCCAGCUGUCAUUGCUGUCAGUCAAGAUCCCGAAGGACGCUCAGUGGCUCGUGUGCGACGAGAAGUUAAUGCUGCCAAAGACAAGUAUGGUGUUGGUGAGAUACAAGUAUGGAGUGGCUCUCUCUAUGGUGGAGACCAAGUUGUCAUCCUGCUCAACGCUGCUGGAGAGGAUGCUCACAUCAGUGCCAGUCUUGAAGAGAUCUUUCUUCAUGAUGGUCCCGAGGGAUCCGCUCCCCAAGUCAACGGAGACUGGGAAGUCUAUGACCUUUGGGCAAAUCGCAUGGACAAUAAACUCGCUCAGAAGAUUCUUGAUGCGCCCGUGGACAAGCUUGAACGCUUGUUCAAGGAAGCCAAUUGGUACAACUCGACCGAGGUAUCGUACAAGGAUGGGCUGAAGAGGAGUGAUCCAAGACUGUUGGGUAAGAAUGUUGACAAGAUCUCAGCUGGUGGAUCAUUUUCUGCGAAGGUGAAGCGGCAUUCUGCGGAGAUGUAUAGGUUGAGGAGUGUCGGAAACGGAGGAAAGAGGAAGGUGCAUGCUAAAGAGGAAUUGUGA